AUGGGAUAUAAAAUCAUUCCAUCAAGAAACAUACAAUCACGAGGAAUAUAUUCAUUCUAUUCAUUCUCAACAAAUAUCACAUCUUUAAGUUUCGGUCGCAACUACACUGUUCACGCAGCCACAAAUGAUGGAAAAAUUGAAAAAUUAAUAUUUACCCCCAAUCAAACUAUUGCUUUAAAGAGCGUCAAUCUUCUUAUUUUUGAUCCAUCUGAUGAUUAUUUCCAAUUGUCAAAGAUUAUUUUUGAUGAACCUGAGAAAGUGAAACCAUUUUCUGGAAAUUAUUCUAAAUUUUCUAAAUAUGUUUUAACACCUAUCUUACCAUCACCAACACCAAUAAGAACUCCAGAACAAACACCUUCUCAAGAGAAAAUUGUCACACCUCAAAUGACUGACAAAGAUAAUAAACACGACGAUGAUAAUGAUAAUAACGACGAAGGAGAUGAUCAGAAGUCCAAAUCAGGAAAAUUAAGUUCUGGUGCUAUUGCAGGAAUCAUUAUUGGCGUUCUCAUUAUCGCAGCGGUUUGCAUUGCAGCGAUCUUUAUCAUCAAGAAACGCCAAGCAUUAGAAGAAAAAUCGACAGAAGAUCAAGCUCAGUUUAUGAAUAUGAUUUAA